GGCGCACGGCAGACACAGAGCACUAGGUUCAUAACCAGGAUUGGUUGCAAGUAGGGAGCUUUUGCCGCUCCGCCGGGAUCCUCGGAAGCUGGCGGCAUCGCGCGUGGGGUCCUUUUAAGAGCUGCUCUGUUCGCCUCGAUUCAUUUGGCAUUGUAGAACUUUCUCAUUGAGGAAAUUCUGCUAGAGCUCACUUGGAAAUUUCUGCAGUGUGGUUUCAGAGAACCAGAUUCUUCAGGCUGAGCUAAGGAAACAAUCGCUGGAGAUUCUGAUUAAAAAGAAAGGGGAUUAUUGACACAUAAUAACUCCACAGCAUGUGGCUCUCAGAGUUGCCCUGAAAGACAGAGAGCCAGUGCAGAACUUACAUGUGCUAGACAAGCACUCUUCCCUUGAAACACAGUCAACACCAUUUCCUCAGCUCAGAAUACUGGUUGUAACAGAUUAAAGGUUGCACAAAACUUAAAAGGAGCAGAAGCAGCGGUUCUAUUCACUUGUUAUUGGACUUGAAACUCCUUUGACCUCGGAAACUGAAGAUGAGGUUGCCAUGGGAACUGCUAGUGCUGCAAUCAUUCAUGUUGUGCCUUGCAGAUGAUUACACUCUGCACGGCCCAGUUUUUGUUCAAGAACCAAGUCAUGUAAUGUUUCCUUUGGAUUCUGAGGAGAAAAAAGUGAAACUCAGUUGUGAAGUUAAAGGGAAUCCAAAACCUCACAUCAGGUGGAAGUUAAACGGAACAGAUGUUGACAUUGGUAUGGAUUUCCGCUACAGUGUUGUUGAAGGCAGCUUGUUGAUCAAUAACCCCAAUAAAACCCAAGAUGCUGGAACGUACCAGUGCAUAGCAACAAACUCGUUUGGAACAAUUGUAAGCAGAGAAGCAAAGCUUCAGUUUGCUUAUCUUGAAAACUUUAAGACAAGGACAAGAAGCACAGUGUCAGUCCGUCGGGGUCAGGGAAUGGUACUCCUGUGUGGCCCGCCACCCCAUUCUGGAGAGUUGAGCUAUGCCUGGAUCUUCAAUGAAUACCCUUCCUAUCAGGAUAACCGCCGCUUUGUUUCUCAAGAGACUGGGAAUCUGUAUAUUGCCAAAGUAGAAAAAUCCGAUGUUGGGAAUUAUACCUGUGUAGUUACCAAUACUGUGACGAACCACAAGGUCCUGGGGCCACCCACACCACUAAUCCUGAGGAACGAUGGGGUAAUGGGUGAAUAUGAGCCCAAAAUAGAAGUACAGUUUCCAGAAACAGUCCCGGCCGAGAGAGGAACAACAGUCAAGCUGGAAUGCUUUGCCUUAGGAAACCCAGUCCCAACUAUUCUAUGGCGAAGAGCUGAUGGGAAGCCAAUAGCAAGGAAAGCCAGAAGACACAAGUCAAAUGGUAUUCUGGAAAUUCCCAAUUUUCAACAGGAAGACGCUGGCUCAUAUGAAUGUGUGGCUGAAAACUCUAGAGGCAAAAACGUAGCAAAGGGACAGUUGACUUUUUAUGCUCAACCUAACUGGAUUCAAAAAAUAGAUGAUAUCCAUGUGGCCAUGGAAGAGAGUGUCUUCUGGGAAUGCAAAGCAAAUGGGAGGCCCAAGCCUACCUACAGGUGGCUAAAAAAUGGCGACCCACUGUUAACACGGGACAGAAUACAAAUCGAGCAAGGAACACUCAACAUAACAAUAGUGAAUCUCUCAGAUGCUGGCAUGUACCAGUGUGUGGCAGAGAAUAAACACGGAGUUAUCUUUUCCAGCGCUGAGCUUAGUGUAAUAGCUGAAAGUCCCGAUUUUUCGAGAACACUUUUGAAAAGAGUGACACUUGUCAAAGUGGGCGGUGAAGUUGUCAUUGAGUGUAAGCCAAAAGCAUCUCCAAGACCUGUCUACACCUGGAGAAAGGGACGGGAACUAUUAAGGGAAAAUGACAGAAUUACCAUUUCUGAAGAUGGAAACCUCAGAAUCAUCAAUGUGACUAAAUCGGAUGCUGGAAGUUAUACCUGUAUAGCCACGAACCAUUUCGGAACUGCCAGCAGUACUGGGAAUGUGAUCGUGAAAGACCCAACAAAAGUGAUGGUUCCCCCUUCCAGCAUGGAUGUCACUGUUGGAGAAAGCAUUGUUCUUCCAUGCCAGGUGACACAUGAUCACUCCCUGGACAUUGUGUUUACUUGGUCAUUUAAUGGACACUUGAUAGACUUCGACAAAGAUGGAGACCACUUUGAAAGAGUCGGAGGGCAGGAUUCAGCUGGUGAUUUGAUGAUCCGAAACAUCCAACUGAAGCAUGCUGGGAAAUAUGUCUGCAUGGUCCAAACAAGUGUGGACAAACUCUCUGCCACUGCCGACCUGAUUGUAAGAGGCCCUCCAGGUCCCCCAGAAGCUGUGACUAUAGAUGAAAUCACAGACACCACUGCUCAGCUCUCUUGGAGACCUGGACCUGACAACCACAGCCCCAUCACCAUGUAUGUCAUCCAAGCGAGAACUCCAUUCUCCGUGGGCUGGCAAGCAGUCAGUACAGUUCCAGAACUCGUUGAUGGGAAGACAUUCACAGCAACUGUGGUGGGUUUGAACCCCUGGGUUGAGUAUGAAUUCCGAACCGUUGCAGCUAACGUGAUUGGCAUUGGGGAACCCAGCCGGCCCUCAGAGAAACGGAGGACAGAAGAGGCUCUCCCCGAAGUCACCCCAGCUAACGUCAGUGGUGGUGGAGGCAGCAAAUCUGAACUGGUUAUAACCUGGGAGACAGUCCCUGAGGAAUUACAGAAUGGCAGAGGCUUUGGUUAUGUGGUAGCCUUCCGGCCACAUGGCAAAAUGAUCUGGAUGCUGACAGUGCUGGCUUCAGCUGACGCUUCCAGAUAUGUGUUCAGGAAUGAAAGCGUGCGCCCGUUCUCUCCCUUUGAGGUUAAAGUGGGUGUCUUCAACAACAAAGGAGAGGGCCCUUUCAGCCCCACCACGCUGGUGUAUUCUGCUGAAGAAGAACCCACCAAGCCACCAGCCAGUAUCUUUGCCAGGAGUCUUUCUGCCACAGAUAUCGAAGUUUUCUGGGCCUCCCCAAUUGGGAAGAAUAGAGGGAGGAUUCAAGGCUAUGAGGUAAAAUAUUGGAGACAUGAUGACAAGGAAGAAAAUGCUAGAAAAAUACGAACAGUUGGAAAUCAGACAUCUACAAAAAUCAGCAACUUGAAGGGGAGUGCACUGUAUCACUUAGCUGUCAAGGCAUAUAACUCAGCUGGGACAGGACCCUCCAGUGCGACAGUCAAUGUCACGACCAGAAAGCCACCACCAAGCCAACCCCCCGGAAACAUCAUAUGGAAUUCAUCGGACUCCAAAAUUAUCCUGAACUGGGAUCAAGUGAAGGCCCUGGAUAAUGAGUCAGAAGUAAAAGGAUACAAAGUCUUGUACAGAUGGAACAGGCAAAGCAGCACGUCCGUCAUUGAAACAAACAAAACAUCAGUGGAGCUUUCUUUACCUUUUGAUGAAGAUUACAUCAUAGAGAUCAAGCCAUUCAGCGAUGGAGGGGACGGCAGCAGCAGUGAGCAAAUCCGAAUCCCAAAGAUAUCAAAUUCCUAUGCAAGAGGAUCUGGGGCUUCUACCUCCAAUGCAUGUACACUGUCAGCCAUCAGUACAAUAAUGAUCUCUCUCACAGCGAGGUCUAGUUUAUGACAAAAGUUAUCUAAAGGACUUGCUAUUUAUAAUAUAAGCAACAUUUAGCUAGUUGUUUUGAAGACACCCAGUACUAAGUAAUAUUGUUGUUCAAGUACAUCUUAUUACUGGAUAAAAAAAUGUUCUUUGCUUCGUUAGGAAUGGCGUUAUACAGUACUUCCUCAAAGCAAAUCUAGCUUUGUCUGAAGUUUCUUUGGAAACUCUGCAAUGCACUGAAGACAUCUGUAAUACGAUGUUACCAAAGCAGUUUACAUAUGUCCUUAUAUGCAUAUUUUUUAUUAUAUAUUUAGUGUUUUAUAGAAUUUUUUAAAGUUAACAUAUAAUGUAGAUAUUGGUUUUUUCCUCUGCUGUAAAAUGCUCUGGGCAACACAACCACACAAUUAUGAUUUGAGACAAUUUCCUUUAAGGACAGAGUUUGGCACUCAUCUCAGUAAAUGAAUUACAAAUUACUUGUAUAGUUUUACAAGGAUCUGGUGGCAAAACAGCUGGAGCAUGGGUCUGAAACUCAAGGCUGCUGUAUAUAAAUUACCCCUUGAAUGGUUAAUGUGUUGAAUUGAGCCCCUUUGACAGAUGUGAUAUGUUUUCGCACCCUAUUGUGAAUUUUGUUGUUCAACACGAAUUGAGAUGGUUUCAGGAACUGCAACUCUCAAAAGCUAAACUUCCCAGGCCAAGAGGCACCUUGUGCAAUCCUCCCAUCCCUGAACUUAGCAUUGUCUGGUAAGGUUUUAUUUGAGCAUCGUCUUUGUAGUAACAUUAUCUUAGACAUUGAAUUUGAAGUUGUAUAUCCUGUAGUAACAUAGACAAAAAGUUACUAUAAUCAAACAAGUCUUUCAUGGCAUAAAAGGUAAUUUUUCUCUUUAGACAUAUCUGUUUUGAAUGUAAAUUUUUUAAUAAGUAAAUCUGUCAAUGAAUUUAUAAUUUCAAAUUUUCUUAUAGAUAACAUGUGUAACUGUAAUGAUAGAACCCUUCUUUUGAAUGACGAUAUCAUGUAAUUUGAAAAAACUUCCUAUUUCAGCAAAUAGCUGCUGCAAAGAAUUUUACAUAUGAGUCUAUACACUAUCAGUAGUACAGAUGUAUUGUAUCUUGAUGUCGCUCCUGUUUUGCAGUAGCUAGUCUGGUUGCUUUAUACGCUUAACAUAAAUCUUAAAAUCAUACAAUGAAAGAUGGCAAUAUCAACAAAACCUUAUUCUUAUGAGAAGAACUCUUUGUUACGAUGGGGAUAUUUUCUAAGCUGACAAGGGUGGAAUACAGAAGGCAAUGAGAUUUUCUAUAAAGCUUUUCACAUUCAAACACACAGCCACCUUUUUCUUCUUUCUUGGAGAGCUCAUGAUUGCCUGUAAUUUGUCACUUUGCUUACACAUAACAUAGAUUUUCAACCUUUGAAUUAUAUUCAUCCAAUAAAGUCAUCAUGAGGAUUCCAUUGGUGUGAAAAUUAGGAUGGUAACAGGAAAAUAUUGUCAGUAUUUCAUAUGUUUUCUUUUCUUAGAUUGAUAUGCUUUACUUCUAUGUUAAAACAUGAUUUUAAAAAUCACAUGCAAAAAAUCAACAUAAUAAUAAAAUGAAUGAAAAAACCUGAUACCCCCAGGUAGUACCCAACCCCAGUGUAAAUGAUAUCUACCAGUGAUCUAGCAUAUGUAAUCUUUUUUAAAGGUAUUGUUAAUAAAUAUUCUGUCAUUUGUAAAGAUAUCUGCCUUCUGGGAGCAUUAUUCCUGCCUGCCUGUCAGGGAAUUUGUUAGCUUACCCUUGUGCUAGUCACAGCUUGGGACCAUAGGGGCACUCAAAAGUAUCUAGCUCUGACCCAAAGCUAGGUGACCCAAUUCCAAAGGUGACUUGACAACCCUGAAGACAGCAUUUCAAAUCCUCCUUGGAAGCAAAGAGAAUCAAAACCAAGUAAGUCUUGAAACUGAGACUAGAAUAUUUUUUCCUUGGCUAGUCAAGAUUUUGUAUAUUUGAUCUAAGAGUAUCUGUUGUUUCCCUGCCCCAAAUCUUAAAAUCUCUAUAUAAAGUUAAGCACGUAAGGCCCUUCUUAGUCUAAAUCCCUUACCCGUAUACCCAGUCACACCAAGCCCUACUUGGUCCCUUAACACUGCUUGCUUUUGGUCUCACCUCUGUGCCUUUUGGUCUCAUGGCUGUUCCUCCAUGAAACUUUCCCCACACUCUCCCACCAUGCCCUGGGGCACUUCCAACACUCCAGCUCAUCUGUGAGACCUUCCCACAUGCCUGUCCUUGUGAUGUCCUUCCUGUGAAUUUGCUGCAGCCCUUCAUUUGGUAUUUCAUAGGGUACUACUUUUGGAAAUCUCUUGUACUGUUACCUUGCAUUUGAACCUAACUCCUGUAUUGUUACUGACUUUUCCUUGUA